AUGGACUUCUUAGUAUUCAAGUAUGAUGGGAUGUAUCGGAUGAAGGUUCUGGUAUUUGAUCCUAGUGGUUGUGAGAAAGUACCACCAUGUUUUGUCACGAAAAAUGCUAUUAAUGAUGGACGGAAGAGAAAAGAACCCAUUGAUAUUUCAAGCAGCUAUGCUAAUCUUCCCAUGAGAACACCAAAAACUAAAAAGAAAGCAUUGAAGCAAAGGGACAGGAGUAGGAUCAAUAUCAGUUCAUCAAGAUCCCUGUCCAACUCAUCAGGAGGAAUGACAUCUUCAGAGGACGAUGAAGCACAUUCUGUUCCGAGUUACAUGCUCCCACGAGGCAUCAGCCUUGAUAGUAUGCAAAAGAAGAAACUGAAAGAGAGACUCCUAGUUAUUUGUUCUGAAAUCCCCAUCUAUGUGUGUGUCGUGAAGAAGUCAAACAUUUCUGGAAGAUCUCAAGCUAUGAGUAGAGUGUUGAUUCUUCAGUGUCAUGGCAAGAGUUGGGAAGUGAUUUGCCGCAUUCAGGUUCCAAAAGCUCAACGCAAAGUUAAAAGGCUUUCCAAAGGGUGGGCACGGUUUGCACGUGACAACAAUUUGCAGCUGGGAGAUAUCUGCCUCUUUGAGCCACUGAAGACCAAGAAGUACAGGAUGAAUGUGCGUAUCAUUCGCAAAGAGUGA